AUGACUGGAGCAGAAGCUACCCCAACCAUCACUGCUACUGGUUCAACCAGUCAAAUGAAAAACCUUGACUCCAAUCAUCCCUAUUUCCUUCACUCUUCAGAUUCACCUGGGAUGAGUCUUGUCAAUGUGCCCUUUGAUGGGAGAGGUUACCAAGGUUGGAGGAGAUCCAUUCUCAUUGCUCUUUCAGCCAAGAACAAACUUGGCUUCAUCGAUGGGAUUUGUGAAGAACCUAAGCCUGACUCAGCAGAUCAUCCUCUGUGGAGCAGAGCUAAUGAUAUGGUGACUUCAUGGUUGCUCAAUUCUCUGUCAAAAGAUAUAGGAGAAAGUGUCAUCUAUUCCAAAACAACAAGAAAUUUAUGGAACAGUCUAGAACAUAGAUUUGGCCAAUCAAAUGGGGCCAAACUAUACCAAUUACAAAAGGAAAUUUCAACAUCAGUUCAAGGAAAUAACAACAUUUCAAGCUACUUCACUACACUCAAAAAGCUGUGGGAUGAAAUGGACUCUCUAAGCUCUCAUCAAAAUUGCUCCUGUGAUUGUGCAUGUGGUGGAAAGGCUAAAAUGGCUAAGUUUCUAGAGGAUAAGGAUCCUGCAAUUUCUCAUGGGGCUCAAUGA